AUGGAAAGCAAGGAUAAAAUGUUUUGGACUUCCUCCGAAAACUUCGACGACGUUAUAAUCGAACCAGAUAUUUCAACAGCUAUUGAAUCUUCUCUUCAAGAAAAUCAAAAGAUAUAUCAGCAAAUUUAUUCAAAUGAAAUCAUUUCGGAUUUUCCAUUGGAACUUUCAACAGAUGAUAUUUGUCUGGGCUAUCAGUUGACAGAUUCCUAUCCUUCUUUCGAUGCCUCUUCUGCUGUACAAUUACCAUUUGAUUCCUAUCCUACACUUGCUACGGAUUCAAUUUUAGCGUCACCAAAUAAUCUUAAUACACAACAAAACUUGCAUUAUUUCUUUAAUACACAACAAUUUAGUAAUCAAAUUUCUGAAUAUGCAAUUCCUUCUAGUUCACACCACAUAAAUCUCUUGGAAACUUCUGAUUCUUUGUCGAUCUCUCAACCAAAUUUUCUUGAUCUACCAUUUGAUUCUCCUCCUUGUCAAUCAAUUUUUACAAUUGGUGUACACAAUAAUCAAGAAUCAAAUAAUCAUGAUGAUAAUUCUACAAUAUAUGAAUCUAAACAAGAGAAAAAAAAGCGUCAGAAUAAGGUCGCUGCACAAAAAUCUCGAGAAAAAGCAAAAAAUUUAUUAAUCGCAUUGCAGGAGGAAAAUGAUAGAUUGAAGAAAGAAUAUGAAGAGAAAUUGGAGGAAAUUAAAAGAUUGAGGUUCAUAUUAAAUAGAUUAAAGGAGGAACGAGGCGGAAUGGAAAAUUUUUCUAACAAAAUUUAA